GCGGAAGUGACGUAGGCUCCGCCCAGGGAUGUGACGUCUGCGUGCCCUUGGCGGGCGGGGCGGGCUGGGCAGGGCGUCCCUCAGCUCGCGUUUCCCCGAGGAGAUGGCUCAGCGACUUUUCCUGAGGAGGCUCCUGGCUUUCGUCACCCCCAGGAGGCCCCCUCAGAGUGGGCACGUGUCCCUCACCUUGGGCAUCCUGCACACCCCGCCAUGCCGACCUGGUGGUAGCUACACAGUAACCCCCAGCCCCACCCGGGCACUCCACACCAGCCGUGUCUGCGCCACCACCUUUAACAUCCAGGAUGGAUCUGACUUCCAAGACCGAGUGGUCAACAGCGAGACACCCGUGGUCGUGGAUUUCCAUGCCCAGUGGUGUGGCCCCUGCAAGAUCCUCGGGCCGAGGUUAGAGAAGAUGGUGGCCAAACAGCAAGGGAAGGUGGUGAUGGCCAAGGUGGACAUAGACGAUCACACAGACCUCGCCAUCGAGUAUGAGGUGUCCGCUGUGCCCACCGUGCUGGCCAUGAAGAAUGGGGAUGUGGUGGACAAGUUUGUGGGCAUCAAGGAUGAGGAGCAGCUGGAGGCCUUCCUGAAGAAGCUGAUUGGCUGACAGGCAGGGAGGGGUCCUGCUCGCUGGCCCCUGUCCUCCCUGACUGACCCCUGUGGGCCUGUGCUCCCUAGCUGGCCCACCGCUCUGGCCGCCGUUGGGGGUGGUGCUGCGGCAGCUGGAGGCGUGGGGACUGCGCCCUCCAGCCCUGUCCUCUUGUCUGCUCCUGUAGAGUUUACCAUAGCAGCUCUCCCAUUGGAGAGCAUCCAGGCCAGCUACACCACAAGGCCCAGGCCGUGGUGGCGGACACCUCAUCUUGGUGUCCCUGGUCCUUUCUGAGCAGAAGCCUCCCAAGUCUGGCUUACCUGCUGUCUUCUGCUGCUGUUGGUGUAAGGGACCGGGACCCGGGAGGGAGGUUAGUCGCCAAUGCUCUAAGUUUUUGUAGGUCUAUAGUAAAGGACUUUAUGUGA